UUCCGGAAGUGUCAAUUUGGGUAGCUUCCCUUCAAAAUUUUGAGAAGUUCAGAUUUUUACAAGUUCAACGGACGAAUCACUGGAUAAUGUUGUCAGAAAUGGAAGAUAAAUCACUGAAUGAAGAUCAGUCAGAUGCUGAAAACGAUAAAGAUGAAUACAAACCAAAUACCAAGCUCAGAAAAAAUAUUGAUAUUAUUUGUGACACCUUGAAGGCAGACCAGGAAGAAAGUCUUUAUAUAACUGUCAAUUUACCAGAGAACAAAUAUUAUAUUGGAGGCUCUGAAAUUGGAAACAGGUUCUUAAGUCAACAUUCAGAGCUUACAGAAAAAUUCUUUGCAUUUUGUAAAGAUACAUACAGAUGUUCUGAAGUUGAAGUAAACGCAUCUGGCAAAACACAGUUCCCUGAUGAGAAAAUUUGCCAAACUAGUAAUUCAGGUGAUGAAUCACACACAAACACAAAAAACAAGAAAAGAAAAAGUGAAGUCAAAUUAUGCAUGGAAGAAUCACCCAUGAAAAAACAUGUCACGAACAAUAUUGCAAAGUUACCAUCUAUAGAUACAGUUGUUUCAACAAGAAAGUCAAACAGAAUUAAUUCCAAGGAAAGCAUUUUGCAAAAAGCUGAAAUGAGGAAAGCUAAUAUGAAUAAUAUAAAUUCUCCCAAACUAGAUAAUGUACUCAAAUCAAAAGUUCAAGAAGAUGAUGUAAAGUUUUCUAGUUUAAAAUCUGAUGCUGAUGAGUUAAAAUUUGAGAAUAAAAGUAAAACUGGUUUCAAUUCAGUUUUAAAAAAUCCAAGCAAAUCUCUUGAUAUAAACCAGGUUAUUAAAAUCCAAAGCAGAACUGCUGAUGAUUUAAGUAAUGAAAAGGUAGCAACGAUAAAAACAGAAAUUGACAAGUCAGAAGACACAGAUCAAAUUGUUUUAGAUAUACUCCAGAAGGAUAGAGUUAAUAUAGAUAAUUUAGAACUGAAAGAGAUAAAAAACAUUGAAGUAUUUGAACAAGGGGAAAAUUUAGUAAUGUCCUUCAUAGAGGACAAAGAUUGUGUCAUCGAUAAAGAUGAGGAUUUUAAAAAUGACAAAGAUGAUGAUGACGAAGAUUAUGAAAACAACGCAGAUUCGGCUGAUAGUUGUGAUGAAGAGGAGGGCAGUGGAGAGAAUAUUUUGAAGUCAACACAAAGAAUUGAACGUAAACAGAAGAAAAUAACCUGUACACUAUGCAAUAAAAAAUUCCAUCACAAACGGUACCAGUCACAUCUAAGAAAUGUUCACAAGCAAUUAUAUGCCUAUGAAUGCGAAAUUUGUAGACAAACAUUUAACUCCGCUAUAAGUCUGAACAAACACAGAGCAUUACACUCAGACAUGCCAGAAGAAGAAACUAAGAAUGGAAAAGAGAUUGAAAAUUAUAUUGAAUCAAAUUAUUGUAUGAAGAAAGGGGUGAUUGUUAAUUUGAAUGAGGCCAGUAAAGAAACUUACACAUGCAAUUUAUGUUUGAAGACAUUACGAACGAAAGCUGGACUGGAAAGUCACAUGCAGAUCCAUAGUGGUCAUUUCCAGUGUUCUACAUGCAGUAAAACUUUUGUUACACAGCACAGACUUAACAGACACGAAACUCUUCAUGAUAAAGGAGACUUCAACUGUAAGGUUUGUGCUCACGUCUGUACAACCAAAAGAUACCUGAUACAACAUAUGAGGAAAGAGCAUGAUGAUCAACGAGAAGUUUGUUAUGAGUGUGGUAUUUUCUUUGAAACUUUGACGGAUAAAAAUCAACACAUGCUGACCCAUAAGACUGGCCAUUGUAGCAAUUUUAUUUGUCCGAAAUGCGGGAAAACAUUUGAACUGUUACGAUACUUAAAAAACCACAAUAAGCAAAGUCAUAAGGGGAAUGAAGAAAUAUGCAAGGUUUGUUCUACAUUUUUCGAUACAAAAGAUGAGCUUAGAAAACAUAUGUGGAAACACAGACAAGAUUUCUUCUUUAUUUGUAAGAUAUGUAAAGCUGACUUUGAAUUAUCAGAGUUAUUGAUGAAUCAUUCCAAAGAAGUUCAUAAUUCUCACAUGUAUAUCUGUGAGAACUGUGGUGAACAAUUUGACUCUGCGGUAAAGUUGAAGAAACAUUCAACUUAUGAACAUACUCCAGAAAGUCUUUUUUCAUGUCAUCUUUGUGGGUCCCGAUUUAUAAAAGAGCGAAAACUAAAAGAACAUAUUGACAGUGUUCAUGUAAAUCUGCGACCUUUCAUGUGUGAAGAGUGUGGAGCCUGCUUUAAAACAAAGGGAUGUCUACAGGUCCACAUAAAAAGACAUAGUACUGAUAAAACUAAUGUUUGUGAACUCUGCGAUGCUAAAUUUAAGUCAAUUGACGGUUUGAAUAAUCAUGUACUGGAUAGUCAUGGUCAUCAAGUGAACACAGAAAAACUUAACUUCCGCGUUUAUGAAUGUAGUUAUUGUGGAAAAAGAAGCUCACAGAAAGCUAUAUACAUUCGACAUUUGCGUACACACACGGGAGAAAAACCAUACAGUUGUAAAAUAUGUAAUAGAAAAUUCCCUAUUCCAGCUGCGUUAAAUCGGCACAUGAAACACAAACAUAUGGAAAAUGGUAAAAAACAUGUAUGUGAAACAUGUAAUGUGAGAUUUGCUGAAAUGUCACAUUUAAAACGUCACUUUGGAACACAUACUCAUAAAACUAUGGCAAGAGAGACCCUUCAAGCAGAAAAGAAAAUGGUUUCUUAUGAAUUUGAAGGUGAGCGUGUCUUAAUAGAUACUGAAGAUCUGCCAUUUGAUCUGCAGGCCGUAGAUCAACAAAAAGAGGCCGAGCUUGCUGAGCAAACUAAAAACAUAAAAGUCAUUUACUUGAAUGAAAAUGCCGAUCCUAACAACAUGGAACAGACCGAAACUGUUUAUACCUUAGAAAAUUCCUCAAUGUUGAAUCUACCUGAUUCCACUAUAUAUGUGAUCUCUGAAACUGAGGAUCCUGAUGUCUUUGUACACUUACAGAGUGAACAUACAUAAACUUCUCAAAAGAUACUGUACAACAUGUACAAUACUCAUCAUGCUCAUGUCAGAACUGAUCUCAUAACUUGUUAUUUUAUUUUUGUUAAAAAUCAAACUAAUUAGCA